CAAAUUAUCAAUCAGUUAUCAAAACGCUCAGAUAUAACCACCAGGGCAGGAGGGCGAAGAGAUGAGAAGAGUAGGCUAUCUCAGCUGAUUUAUGCAGGAGAUUUAAAAUAAUAAUGUAAAACAUAUCUGUAGGCUUUUUAGUAACUAUUUGAAUGAUGUUUUAGUCCAAUGCAUGUUGGUUGAACGCUUUGACACCUUGAACGUGAAAGUGAGUGGUUCAGUGAGUGUCUCCGCCUAGAACAUCACAGAGCUGAUGAACGCAGCAACGUUCUUUUUCAGAACCAUGGCGAGCGCAUUGUGACGCUGUCCCUUCUACUCCUACUCAGAGCCAUAGAUACAGUAUUUUCUAAAUGGUUAUACUCCUACUGUUCUCUAAACAAUGGUUUCAUAGUUUACAAUUGUAUAAACUCCCAAAUCAUGCUCAAAAUUCAAUUUAAUUGAUGUCACUGUUGAGUGUUUUUUAAUCAGUUUGAUAAACAUGUUUAUCCCAUUGUGACAUAGCCAACCAUGACUUAUGGAAGACUUUGACGUAUUAAUGGUCCCUAUAAAACCCUGUAAUUCUAAGAAAGAAUUGUCAGAUGGUUUUGAACUCAGUCAAAAUCACUGCAGUAUGUAGAGCGAUAAUGAGUAGGUCUAUGUUCAGUCGUUUGUUGACAGCGACCCCGCUGAGAUUCCUCCGCGAGAGGUCGCUUCUGUGUGCAGCUGGCCUGUUGUUUGCGACCGGUUCGGCAGUCUACUUUUAUAGCAAAUAUUACGGUAUCGGUGAGGAUGCACUGGCCACCGUGGAGAGCGUGGACCGUGUUGUCACGGUUGAGGAGGAUAAUGAGCCCACCCUGGACCAGGAGGACCCAGUCCUUGUUCAGUAUGUGGUUGAGGAGGUUGGGCACCGGCCCUGUCUGGCUUUAAUCCCUUGGUCUGGACCUCUGUGGGUUCCCAGCUCUCCAACAUAUUACCUUACCCAUGCUGGGAGGAUGCUGGUGAGAGAGCUGGCAGUGUUAAACACGCAGAUAUUCACAGUGGAGCAGCCCAUUUUCAUCUGUUUCACUCCUGCUAGGAGGAUGGUAUGGAAUGAACUGUCCUCUCAAAAUGAACAGUAUGUGGAUGAGGAGGUUGGGCACCGGUCCUGUCUGGCUUUAAUCCCUUGGUCUGGACCCUUGUGUGUUCCUAUCUUUCCUGUCUUCUCCAAGGCCAAACCAGUCUACUACCUCACUCGUGCUGGGAGAAUGCUGGUAACAGAGCUUGCAGUGUUAAACACACAGACUUCCAAAUUGGUUAUUGAGGAGCCUACCAUUCACCUCACUGAAGCUGGGAGGCUAGUGCUUGACGAACUGUCAGCACCUUCAGAUAGCCAUUCACAGCCAAAUAGGGAAGACUCUGGUUUUCCCCUAUGA